AGUGUGUUUUUAAAUCGUAGCGAGCUGGAUUGCUGGUUUACAGGAGAGAGGCAGUAGCUGUCAACGUUGUCUUGAACAGAAAUUCAUGGUGUAUUUGCCAGUGGCAAUGAGGACCAGUGAGUUUGAUUCAUCCUCAGACGAAGAGGAGGUUGGCGAAGACCAGCUUACACCAUUCCAGAUCUCUUGGUUGCCUUUAUCCAUAGUGGAUUGCUCCCAGUUUCUUGGAAUAUGUCCUUUGCCUGGAUGCAAAUUCAAAGAUGUCAGAAGAAAUCUGCAAAGAGAUAUCGGGGAGCUGCAGAAACACGGUGUGCAGGACGUGUUCGUGUUCUGCACCAGAGGGGAGCUCCACAAGUACCGCGUCCCUGGCCUGCUGGAGACGUACCGACAGCAGGGCCUCGUGGUGCACCACCUGCCUUUUCCUGACGGAGGCACCCCCGAGCUGGACCAGUGCUGCCAGAUACUGGAGGGACUUCAAGCCAACCUGCAGAACAACAGGACUACGGUCAUCCAUUGUUACGGGGGCUUGGGUCGCUCCGGACUAAUGGCUGCCUGUCUGCUGCUUCAGUUAUCAGUUUCCAUGACUCCCAACAAAGCUAUUGAGAUCCUCCGAGAGCACAGAGGGGGCGGAGCCAUACAAACUGUCAAGCAAUACAAUUUCUUGCACGAGUUCCGGGAAAAAUACUCUGCCUACCAAGAAACCAAAGUCAUCUCGACCGAGCGAUCUGUUUCGCGGUGAUUUUGUUUAAUCCCUCUUGAAAAGAUUUAUAUUACUUUGAAAUAACACAUUAGUUAAAAGCAUAGAAAAAUUAUCAUUAUGUCAAGAAAAGAUGGUUUGACAGCAUUUAUUGUAUGAUAAUGUGAGAUCAUUUGUUCUCUUUUAGCACUUUACAAGAAUGUUUUGCAAUUUAAGUAUUCCAAAUGUGUAACAAAAUGUGAAAAAACAAAACACAUUUCAGGGAUUAUAUUGCUGUGCUCUUAUCAGCUUUACAUAUUUGGAUUUAUGAAUGUCGCUACCUGAUAUGGAGUGUAUAUUGGUUUGGUCAACUCAGUGUUUAUAUUCCAUGAGACUGUGGUUUGAGCUCCAACUUUGUACAACCUUAGCUGCCUAACGCAUUUACAGACUGUCCAAUUCAAAUAUUGUGCCACACCGGCCUUUUAUUCAAUUAAAUACCAUCUUAAAUUGGCUGACUGGCUGAAUAUGGCCUAACUGGUCAGUCAGUUGUAAGGGGUAGGUUCAUUUGCAUUCAUAAAGUUUUCUUGAAGUGAGCAAGCCACUGCCACUUACUCCCUUGUUUUAUAGGUUGGAUCAACUGGCAGUAAAUGACUUGGAGCCACACAUUAUUUCUAAAAAGUAAUUCUGCAAUUUAGAAAUUUUAAAGAAAUCCAUGUUUUGGUAAAAAAAAAAAAAAAAAAAAGACUACUCUAGCAAAUGUA